AGAUACUGGGAGGAGUUAAAGUGACACCAAGUGAAGUGAAGCUCUCACUCACACACACACACACACACACUUCCAUGUUUUUCCUUCAAGUGACGAAACUUUACUGAACAGAUUUAUUCGUAUGUCUAUUAAAAGAUCCAAUAACAAAAAGAGGGAGAUUUUGUAGAUUAAAACCUUGUGCACGUUAAAACGCGACGACGAAACAAAGUGAAAUGGAGACGCCCGACUGACUUUGCACCGAGAUUUUACACGUGAAAUCAGUUCCUAAUCCGGUUUGAUCGCCUCACUUGUUGGGAGUAGUUUGAGGAAGUCAUGGCGGUUUGGUGGGAGCAGACGGACGUGGCUGUGUAUGAGCAGGUUGUGGUGUUGUUGUCUUGUGCUCUCUCGGUGCUGGGCUCGGUGCUGGUCAUGAGCACGUACGCGCUGUGGCCCGACCUGAGAACCACACCGAGGCAGCUUUUAGUCUUCCUCUCGGUAGCUGAUUUAUUGUCCGCCGUCUCUUACUCGUACGGAGUUUAUAAGGUAUUUAAAGCAAACACUUGGGACUGCGUGACGCAAGGAGCCUUUUCCACUUUCUCCAACACCAGCUCCUUCUUCUGGACCGUGGCCAUUGCCGUGUACCUGUACAUCUUCAUCGUCAAGUCCAGUCAGAGACUAGCCGACAGUUUGGUCUUAUAUUUUCAUCUCAUCAGUUGGGGUGUUCCCCUGGCCAUCACAGUAGCAGCCGUGUCCCUGCAGAAAAUCGGUUUCGACGCGUCCGAGGUGUCUGUCGGGUGGUGCUGGAUCAGCAUCGAGGAAGACGAUCACGUGCUAUGGAUGCUACUGACUGGCAAGAUAUGGGAACUGCUUGCCUAUGUGAUACUGCCUGUGCUUUACAUCCUCAUCAAGAGACACAUCCACAAAGCGCAUGCAGCCCUCUCAGAGUACCGACCCAUCUUGGCCUGUAACCGACUUUCCCACUCAGUUCCUGCAAUGGCAGACAGAAAGCUCACUCUCAUCCCCAUCAUCUUCAUCGCACUGCGCAUAUGGAGCACUGUUCGCUUUGUGCUGCUGCUCACUGACUCUCCUGCCAGACAAAACCCUGUGCUGGUCACCUUACAUGGAAUCGGGAACACCUUUCAGGGAGCCGCAAACUGCAUCAUGUUUGUUCUGUGCACUCGACCGGUGCGUGCAAGACUGGUGGCUCGGCUCUGCUGCCGGAGCAAUGACACACGGAGCAACUCGGACAUGCCAUCCCAGCACACAGCUCACACACACUCGCGUUCUCACACAGACGGGCCCGGCGUCUCCCAUACGGGGGGCGAUGAAAGUGAGGACGAGGAGUAGUAAGUGUUCAUGUGAAAACCCUGCAGCUUGUUGACCUUCAGCGCUUAAGCUAGAGCACCACACUCAGCCGAGCAGAUCUGCAGGAGAAGUCGACGAACUGUAAACUGAAGACUGGCAUGCUUUCUGUACGGAGGAGCGGGUGAAUGCGCGAGGGUAUCAAGUGCUCUUUCAAAAACUCUUUCUGAUUACGCAGAGUGCCUUCAAGAAUUAAAGAAGACUAUAGUCACAUGCUACAGUCCCUAGAGUCCAAAUGCGCUUUAUGUUCACGGUGUAGCAGUGCUCUUUUAUAUGCUGGCACUUUGUUAUUAUUAUUUUAUUUUAUUUUUUUUCACCUAAUCAAAGUAAUGAGCUCAGGGAUGUGAGAUUUAGAGGUCAUUUAUAAUUGAGUGACCAAAACCCUGCACAUACUGUGAACACACUGUUUAAAUACCUCAGUCUUUUUUUUUUCCUGACUAAACACAUCUCGCAGCACAGAGUGCCUUAAAAUGGACUAACAUUGUAAUUGAAAAUCUUUUUUAAACAAGUUAAAUGCAUAGCAUGGCAUUAUUUACUUGUAACCAGACUGUUUUCUAUUAAAUGUAAGGGUAUAAUCUGGUCUAGUGAAAUUUACAGGAUAUCUGGAAAAUAAUUGCAGCUCUAGAUCAUUUAUCUUAAUAGUCUGUAUAUGUAUAUAUUAUUUGAAAAAAUGAGAAUUUGUGGCUUUUACAGGGUAUUUUAUUGAUUUACAAAGAUGUUUUAUGACUGUUGUGGCUUGUUUGUAUUUUAUUUUUUUAAAUUUUAUUUUUAGUAAAGUUGCAUUACCAA